AUGGAUCUCCAAUUGAUUGCCUUAUUUGCCGAUUACUGGGCAUAUUUUGAUGCUAAAUCUGAUCUAGGAUUGCCAGAAGAGGUGGGACACUAUGGUCUGUGGGGUCUGUGCUCUGUUAAAGCCCCGGUAUAUCGCGACGAUUGCGACCCUUUGGACACAUUCUUCAAACCACCGCAUCAUAUGAUGAUUGCAGGCGCCGUCGCGUCCAUACAUACCAUCGUUUUGGGUCUAUUCCUCCCAUUCAUUGCCAUUAGAUUACAACAAAUCCGACGAAAUAAACCAAACUUUAUAAUCGAUACCAAAACUGUUAACAAACUUAAGCUUUUGUUAAUUACAUUUGCAGUGUUUUUAUCCACUUUAACACUGCUUUUGAUGACAAUACAGACAUCCGCUUCUCGGGAACAGUUAAUAUUCAAUAACUCUCCCGUAGAAAACUAUGACAUAAGAAACGGUUGGAGUUUUUGGCUGGAAGUGACUGUUCUUGUGGUGAAUGUGUUGAUCAUAGGGUUAUGUUUGGUGGAAAUGAAUCGGAUCAGGAAAUUAGAUGCGCUCGGAUUCACCGCUUUUAUCGCAAAUCCCGGUCCAGACAUAAUGUCUCACGACUUUAGUCCAAACUUUGAAAGUCUUUCAAACGAAUACACAAAUCAAAUCUCAAUUAUCAGCGAUCCGUCCACUGAUGGCUGGAAUCGAUGCAAUCAACACAACUGCCAACUCCUCAAUAAGACAUUCCCGAACCUCCCCUUCCAAUCCAUAGCAUUCAAUAAUCCGGCUUUUCUUCCAGAAAGUCCUGAUCUGAGAAGACAUAAACCAUUCAACAAUCACUUUGAAAUCAUUUAA